CUGAUUCCUAAAACCAAAUAUAUCUAAUGAGUCCCAUUUUUACCGAUUUAUCUUUAUGUUUUGAUGUUUGUUGCUACACAACUUUGUUUUUGUUUUUUACUCUUGCAGAAGGUGAGUUUAAGAAAAUGGAAAAUUGAAGAAAAAGUGGGAAAAAAAUAUCAUGGGUAGCACAUGGUAAGAACAUGGGAAAGUGAAUGAAACCCUUUUCAAAAAUAUUAACAUAAGUUUGAAAGUUGAAGCCAUAUAAUUUAUGUACAAAUAUACACACCCACAAACUGUUUGUUGUGUGGUCUCUGAGAACAAAGGUUUUAGAUUCAUUCACAUAUGAGCCAAAAAGACAAAACCAACACCAAGAACAAGAACUAGAAUUAGAUUUAAUUACCAAAAUGUCCCCAUUUGAUUCUCCUCAGCCAACAACAACUGAGACUAGUACUCACAGCAUCAGCACAAGCAACAGCACAAGUCCAAGUGGUGGUGGUGAUAUGAUUUUGCAAUGGGGUCAUAGAAAGAGAUCAAGGAUCUCAAGGGGUAUUGCCAUUGAGGAUUCUUCUUCUUCUGUUCAUGCUAAACAACAUAAGAGGAGGAUCAGCAGCAGCCACACUGUCCCUGGAAAGCCGGCAGCCGUUGCCGCCAAGUUGUCGUCUGCCGGAUCCAUGCCGCCGCCGCCACCUUUUGUUUCUUCAGGAGCAGCUGCCUCCAAUGGCAGCAGGACCAGAAAACAUAGUCCUAGGAAUUUGGAAGAUCCAUCUGCAGCUGGAAGUGAAUCCCCUUCAAGAAAUAGCCAAUGCAGCAAUUCCAUUGUUCCGAAAUCAGCAGCACUGAAAAAGUCUCAUUCCGGACUAGAAAGAAGUAACAGAAGGAUGCCUUCUUCUGGUUCGGCAAAGUGUCAGAAGCCGAGUGGUUCUUCGACAACUCAAGCCUCUGAAAGACUGUACAGUCAAGGUGAUUCUGCCUCGGUGCAAUCCGAGCAGGAUCCUGGUGUUGUUCCGGCUGUAUCAGCUAUGACCUCGCUGGCAGCAAAUGGAGACAAGGUUACUGUGGAAGUAGUUAAAUGGCCAAGGAUCUACAUUUCACUUUCAAGAAAGGAGAAAGAAGAUGAUUUCCUUGCCAUGAAAGGAACAAAGAUACCUCAAAGACCAAAGAAAAGAGCAAAGAACAUAGACAGAACUCUACAGUACUGUUUCCCAGGAAUGUGGUUAUCAGACCUGACUAAAAGCAGGUAUGAGGUCAGAGAGAAGAAGUCUGUGAAGAAGCAAAAGCGCAGAGGACUGAAAGGAUUGGAAAGCUUGGACAGUGAUUCCGAGUAAGCAUACAUAGUCCAAUAUGCUUACUCAAAAUCAUGGUCGAAGGUAGGUGUGUGACAAGUGAAUACUAAUGAAGAGAAUUUUUCUUUUAGAAAGUCUUCAAAGCUGGUGGCAUGAUUAGUUUCACUCUUCACAACCUUGUCAUUGAAAUUGGCUCAAUUACCAUUUUGAGUUGUAAUCUUAAGGGACUAUAGCUCAUCCUUAUUGGCAUGGAAGUGAAUGGCUAGAAGCUCUAAUGUCUUAAAAGUAGACAUAAAGAAAGAAAUAGUCACUUCUCAAAUUUGAAGCUGGAGAUGGUACACCAUGAAUUGUUCCGUGUUUGUUUAGAGUAGCAGAAUAUCAAGGACCCUUAUUUUAUUAUUAUUAUUAUUUUUUUGCAUUCUUAGUUUAUUUGCAAUGGUGAGAAGUAAUUUUUUCCCUCAUCAAUUAUUUGUUCUUAAAUUUUAUUCCAGUUUGUCUAUUGGAGUAGAAGUUACAUGAUAUGAACGAAAAAUUGCCACAUUAUUCUUAAUGAAUUUGGUGUAAGAAGUAUCUUAGUUUCAUUUCAGUUGUAGGUAUACAAUAUUAAGAACAUUUAUGUUAUGUAUUGAAAGAUGUUUGAAUUAGUACUCUGGAAAUUCUGUAGACAUUAGCGAACUUGAAUUGAUGGUUUACCAAUGGAAUAGAGCCAUA